AUCUUCCUUCUCAAAUUUGACCGGAAAUGAUUUUCAUCUCUCUAUCGGAAAUAUAUCAAACGCCCUCCAGUAUCUAUGAAAAAAAACGUGUGAGAAGAAAUAUUCAUUCUGUAAAAGCACUAAGAUAAGCUAGUCAACAUGGCUUCGUUCACAAGGUCAUUAAUACAACUCUCAUGUAUUUUUAUUGUUGUAUACGCCGUUGAUCGCAAUAAUUUUAAAACAUGUGAACAAUCAAGUUUUUGCAGACGAUGUCGAAAAAUGGAAGCCGGUAAUACACCUUAUCAGCUUUUGUCGAAUACGCAGUUACAGAAUAAUUCCAUUUUAUACGGAGAAUUAUUUAACAAGCAAACUGGAAUAUUUUACGUCUUGAAAUUGUCAGCUUUAGAGGCUAAUACAUUUAGACUUUAUAUAAACGAAAAAAAUCCAUUGAAACCUCGUUACGAAGUUGAUUAUGCCUUACAAAAUGCACCUCGACUUACGGAGCUAAAUGUUGUUGAGAAUACUACUGAUCAUAUAACAGUUAAAUCUUCUACAAACAAGGCAAUAUUAUAUUAUAAUCCAUUUAAAGUUGAUUUAUAUUCCAAUGAAAAGCUUGUAAUAUCAACGAACGCCCGAGGUUUAAUGCGAUUUGAGCAUUUACGAACCAAAACUCCCAAAAAUCCUGAUGGUGAAAAUCCAGAUAUCGUUGAAAUACCACCUGAAUAUCCUGGAGAUGGUGCAGAAAAUGAUCCAGGUGCAUGGGAAGAGAAUUUUAAGAGUCAUCAAGACUCCAAACCUCUUGGACCAGAAGCAGUAGCUAUGGAUUUCAGUUUUCCCGAUGCUGAACACGCUUAUGGAAUUCCACAACAUGCUGAUCUUUUUGCUUUAAAAUCAACUAAAAGUACUGAUCCAUAUAGAUUGUAUAAUUUAGAUGUUUUCGAAUACGAAGUUUCUAAUCCUAUGGCGCUGUAUGGAUCAGUCCCUGUUCUAUAUGCUCAUAGCAAAGAUCGUACAUCUGGAGUUUUCUGGCAUAAUGCAGCUGAGACCUGGGUUGAUAUUCAAUCAAGUGCAGAUACGAAUGUUUUUGACAGUAUCGUCAAUUUAGUACCUGGAAACACUAAAAAAGCCUCUGUAGACACUCAUUUCAUGUCUGAGUCUGGAGUAAUAGAUGUAUUCUUUUUACUGGGACCAAAUCCACUUGAUGCAUUCAGUCAAUAUACCAAAUUAACUGGAACUGCACCUUUACCUCAAAUGUUCAGUUUGGCAUAUCAUCAAUCACGUUGGAAUUAUAACGAUCAAGAAGACGUUGCUCAAAUAACUGAACAAUUUGAUGUUCAUGAUAUUCCUAUGGAUGUUAUGUGGUUAGACAUUGAGUAUACAGACAGUAAAAAAUACUUUACCUGGGAUCCAAUUAAAUUCCCUAAGCCUUUAGAGAUGAUUGAAAAUCUUACUAAUAAAUCAAGGAAAUUGGUUGUAAUUAUUGAUCCACAUAUUAAACGUGAUCCUGGUUAUUAUAUUCACAAUGAUGCAACAAAUAAUGGAUUUUACGUUAAACAUGCUGAUGGAAAAGAUUAUGAAGGUUGGUGUUGGCCAGGAUCAUCUUCCUAUCUCGAUUUUCUCAAUCCAGCUGUAAGAGAAUACUUCAAAAAUCAGUAUGAUCUUGAUAAAUUUAAGGAUACAACUAAUAAUGUUUACAUCUGGAAUGAUAUGAAUGAGCCAAGUGUAUUCAAUGGUCCCGAAGUCACUAUGCCAAAAGAUCUCAUUCAUUAUGGAGGAUGGGAACAUCGUGAUAUACAUAAUAUUUAUGGACUUUCAUUUAUUUCGGUUACAUAUGAUGCUUUAUAUAAACGUUCUGGUGGUACUUUGAGACCUUUUGUAUUGUCAAGAUCACACUUUGCCGGAGCUCAACGAUUUGCAGCAAUUUGGACUGGAGAUAAUACUGGUGAUUGGAAACAUUUACGUAUUAGCUACCCAAUGUGUUUAUCUUCAGCUGUAGCAGGAAUAUCAUUUUGUGGAGCUGAUGUUGGAGGUUUCUUUAAGAAUCCAGAUUCUGAACUUUUCACCAGAUGGAAUCAAGCAGGAGCUUGGUUACCAUUCUUCCGUCAACAUUCUCAUAUUGAAACUAAACGACGGGAACCUUGGACAUUUAAUAAUGAAACUACUAAAAUCGUACGAGAUGCUAUCAGAGUAAGAUAUUCAUAUCUUCCAUUGUGGUAUACCUUGUUUAGAGAGCAUGAAAUAACCGGUUAUCCAGUUAUAAGACCUCUUUGGGCACAUUAUCCAACAGAAUCGAAACUUUAUACAAUAGAUGAUCAUUUACUGGUUGGAAAUUCCAUUCUUGUUAGACCGGUAUUUGAGCCUUCAGUUUCAGAGGUAACUAUUUAUUUCCCUGGAGAAGGCAAAGAUUCAUGGUAUGAUGUAGAAACUAUGGAAGAAUACAAAGAUUUUGGAGAAGUACGUAUUCCAGUAACUUUGUAUAAAAUUCCUGUUUUUCAACGCAGUGGUACUAUUGUACCUCGUAAAAUGAGACUUCGUCGUAGUACAGUUGCUAUGAAAAAUGAUCCCUAUACGUUAAUUGUUAUUACUAAUAAGGAAGGAAUAGCAUCAGGAACUUUAUAUAUUGAUGAUGAGUCUAGUUUCGAAUAUCGUCAUGGAAAAUAUAUUUAUCUUCAAUUAAGAUUUAAUGGACAAGUAUUGUCAUCUAAAUAUAUUGAUAAACUAGCUAACUUCCAAACAACAAGCUGGUUAGAACGAGUGGAUAUUGCUAAUCCUCCUCAAGGAGUGAAACAUGCUAAUCUCAUUUCUGAAAGUUUGGGAAAUGUAAGUCUAGAAUUGAAUUAUAACUCAAAUAAUAAUGUUUUAACUUUGCGUAAACCUGGUGUAAAUAUGGGUGAAGAAUGGUCGAUUGAAUUGAAACAAUGAAGUAUGGUAAGUAAAUUCAACCUUAGGAUUUCAGACAUAGAUUGAUUAAAAGAAAAUUUUAAAUUUAAUUAUUCAUAUUACUACAAAUGAUAUUGUUUCUUAUUAUUACAUUUUUUCAAUGUAUUGACUAUUUUAUGAAAUGAAAAUUUGGCAAAUAGUUAUAAAUUUUUUUUGUAUUACAUAAAAAUAUAAAAAUUAAGAAUUCAAGAAAACUCAUGAUCAAAUUUUAUAGACUUGUGAAUUAAUAAUAAAUUUUAGGAUUUGAAAACCUUUCUCAAUCAUACUGAAAGAUUUAAUGAGACAUUUUUUAUUGUUUAAUUAACUAGUUAUUAAUUUAAAAUAAAAUUUUACAGCGUAUCAAUAAAAUAAACAUUUUUAUGACCUCUACAAUAGUUUUGUAAACGAUAAUUAUUUGAAUAUUUUUACAUUUAUUGUAAUUAUUUUUAAGUUUAGUAUAAAAUUCAUAUAUCAAAAAUGUAUAGACUGUUUAUAAUCGUUCACUAGGCGCUUGUUUAUGUGCUAAAUAUAAAAAUACUAUUGAUGAUAAGGCAGAGACCAAAAAUAUAACAUCAAACCAGCGAUGAUAAAAACUAAAUUGAAGAUCUCCCAACACUUGUGUGACAAUUAUUCGAUAUUCUGCUGGCAUAUUCAUUCGCAUUAAAAGUACUGAUGAAACGAAAUACAUACCCUGAAAUAAUUUAAAUACAAUAGAUAUAUCGAUGUCAUAAUUUACAUUCCAUAUAUAUUGAUUAAAUUUCCUUUUAUAAUUACCAUUAUUUGGGCAAGAAUGAGCACAAUAACAUUUGAAGACUUACUACUAGAAAUAGCGUAAAAGAACUGGAAAAGCAAGAAAUAGUGUUUACGAUUAAGAAUAUAUAUUGUCUUACAAUAAAUAAUACCAAAUAAAGAUGUAAAGUCAUUGAGAACAAGAA